AUGUCUUAUGAGAUUUACACCGGAGUCUGGACCGAUUGGAGCCGCGGCUCGGUCCAGGGCGCAACCAUCACCCUCACUGCCCGGGACGGCGGUCUUCUACUCGCCUUCAUCGCGAUAUUUGUCACCUUUAUCGCUACUCGCACGUGGCGGAUCAUUGUCUUUACUGCCCACCAGAUCUUGGCAUCGGGUGGCAAACAUGACGGGCUGUACUACCAACGGCAGUUCAUCCUGCGAAAUAUUUCCACUCCGAUGUCCGCAGCCUGGCUCUUCAUCCAGCAGUCGUGGUACUGGCGUCGUUUUGCGAAUCGAGCACUCGUCAGGACUAUCCCUUGGGCUCUUGGCGGGCUCGUCUAUGUCGGCCUCUUUGCUGUCGCGGCCAUCUUCUCGUCAAAUAUCUCGACAGGCGCAUCUGAGUUCCGGCUCCUGAAGGCCACCAACUGCGGCAUCUUCACUCCCGCCGACAGAGAUGCUUUCCAGAGCAAGGAGCUCUUCGAUAAUCAAGUUUCCUCGAUAUACAGCCGACAAUGCUACUCAGAUCCCUCGUUGACUGCCUGCAAGAGUCUACCGGUGCCGUCCAUCCGUUGGACGAACCAGUCUGUUGACUGUCCUUUCGCGGACGAAGUUUGCCUUGGACAGAGGGGGUUAAGAAUGCAAAGUGAAAUGAUCAGCUCACACACUCAUCUCGGCAUUAACGCACCAGAGCAUGACCGCAUCUUCUACUCGAGGGAGACGGUCUGCGCACCCCUCGUCACCCAGCCCGGUUUCUCUCGAUUCAUCAACGGAAGCGAGGCUACAGCGUUUGGAUGGCCUAACAAUGUUCUCAUCAAGUAUCUGUACGGACCCCGAAACGGCCAGGGCUAUACUCAUAUCUACAACACCUACGGCCAAUCCAUGCAGAUAGGAUAUAACACGUGGGCUUACUACGCGCUGGCCGCAAGCAACAAUUCCGCUUGGACACCGGCAGAAGCAUUGGCAGUGGAACACAAAGACCUCACGCUGAUCCUGAUCGCCCCCAACUCCAUCUUUCACAUGGAGCCCAACGACGACCCCGUCUUCGGCGCAAACGUUCGCGUGGUUGCGGGUGGCCUAGUCACUUAUCUACCAGACCGUUUUGUCAGCCCCAUUGCGUGCGCGGACGGACACCAGAUUUGCAACCCAAUGAACGACCGAUGCACGUCGUUCCUGGGCAGCGCCGAGCUAUCGGCAGCUGCUAGGAGCGCGAGGCUGGCACUCAAUCCGACGCAGGUCGCAACGCUGGCGCGGAUCGGGCCGGGCAUCUACACCUCAACAUUUUACAACUUGGUGUGGACCCGGACGCAGAGCUUCUUGCGAGCCCAGGAGCUCGUGGCCGGGCUGUCGCAGCUGUCUCUGCCGUCCAACCAGUGGCAGAUCGAGAUGGGGUCCCUCAUGGCUGACGCCCUCGCCAGUCUGCAGCACGAGACGCUCGAGUAUGUCACCGGGCCAGCGGCGCCCGUCCAGGGCACGAUGCUCCAGCCCUGGGACACGUUACCCAACUCUUCCUCGGUGGCCGCGGACGACAUCAGAGCUCCAAUGAGAGACCUGUGCGGGUCUCAGAGGGUGAGGGACACACGGGGCACUCUCAACUUCUCGGUUGUCGGGCUCAGCGUUUUGCUGGGCGUAGGCUCGGCCUUCAUCAUCAUCUCUUUCUUCUUGGAGUUCUUGACGCGGUUCUUCCAGCAAAAGACUGGCUGGGGGACGCUCAAGGCCAAGAGGUGGGAGCGAGACGAGAGUUUGCAGGUCAUGCGUAUGCUCUAUGAGCUGAGAGAUGCUGGGAUGUGGAAAGGAACUACGGAGUCGUUUCCUACUACGGAGACGAAGGACAACUUUGAGUUUGACGAGGACUACUUGGGCUGA